AUGACUCCCGAGGCACUCAACGAAACCGUCAUUUUAUAUGUUGGACCCAAGAGAAAGAAGUACAUCGUUCAUAAAAAGAUAUUGUGCGACCAGUCAGAUUUCUUCAAUGCCGGGUUCAACAAAGCUUUCGAAGAAGCAGCCAACGGAGAAAUGUAUCUUCCUGAAGAUAAUCCUGCUACCUUUGCUGAUCUAAUCGAAUAUCUCUAUCGUGGCGCUCUUCCAUAUACCGAAAAAUCUGGCACUUCCUUCCUGCUCAAACUUUACUAUCUAGCAGAAAAGAUUUGCAUGACAUUAUUGAUGGAUCAACUUAUAGAUAAGAUAAUGGAAGUCCACAUGAUGAAACACCCCAGAGGUUUUAGUGCAGCGGCGGUUCAAUCUAUCCACAAUCAUACUCAUGGCACAAGUAAGCUUCGACUAUACGCUUCGGCUUUGCUGGCUUUCAAGAUACACGUUGAGACUGAGGAGGCUCUUGAGAAAUACCUCCCGCUUAACAAAUCUUGCCCAGAGCUCUUCGUAGAGAUUUUCCAGAUUAUUUCUAUGCAUAGAGAAUCUGUAGUCAAUUUCACUAGUGCAUCGAAAGGUGUUAGGGAUGCUUUCGGACCAUGUGAUUUUCAUUUUCAUAGUCCCGAUGGUAUUUGCUAUAGGAACGCUAAGAGGUCCAAGACAAUGGGGAACAAGGAGAAUGAAUUGAGCAGGUCAUCUGCCUUAAAAAGGGUCGAUACUUUUGAUAGCUGUCCUUAA